UAGAAAUUGUUUUCAUUUAACGAUUUAGUAGCGCGCUAAUAUGAAUUUGUAGUAUAUAACUAUUUAUCCACAAUAAUCAACCUUUGAAGAUAAAAAGUAGAAUGGAUACGGUUGGCAAAUUGGAGGAAGAAGCCCUUAAACGCAAGGAACGGUUAAAGCAUCUAAAACGUAAGCAAGAAACCAGCAACAGUGAAUCAAACCAGAUAGCCGAGUCCAUCCCAAAGCCAGUUUUUCGUAAUUACCGCCCGGAAAGCGAAGAAAUCAAAGAAAAUGCGAUCGAAGAAGUAUCUCCCAUAGAUCUGGAAACAGAAAUAAGUUCUCAGCUGGCUAUGAUGAAGGCUCCUAUUGUAAUAGAAGAUAUCGACAUAGCCAAUCUAGCACCAAGGAAACCUGACUGGGACUUGAAGCGAGAUGUUUCGAAAAAACUAGAGAAACUGGAACGACGGACACAAAAAGCGAUAGCAGAAUUGAUUCGUGACCGCCUAAAAGCGGGUCAGGACGAUAUAUUGCAAGCAGUGAACGUCGCAUCAGCGUCUAUCACUUCCGCUAAUAACGAGGAUGAAUAAAAAGACGGGAAAACCACAUUUAUAAACAUGAUUAUUUUACAUACAAAUAUUUAACUAGCUGUACAAUUGAAAACAAAUUUGUCAUCAUUCUAUCCGAUUUUGC